CAUCGGCGGCGAUUGCAUCUCCUAAGGCGGACAACACUGACGGCGUUCAUCCACAGUCGACCGCACGCGUGCAGACCAUUCACACAUUCUCACUCUCCACGCACCGAGUCAAGUACGACCGUCCACCCCGGAACGAUGUGGCUGAUAACGGUGCUGCUGAUCGGCGUGGCGUCGAGUGCAGCGGCGACGGCGGCCGAUCCGUCGGCGACGUCCAACGUGCCGCACUCGCGGCAGAAGCGUCUCCUGUGGUUGACCCCGGACGGACGGCUGGCCCUGCCACCCGGCACCUCGCUGGUCAUCACGCCGUCGCUGUCGCUGCCCUUCGUCCGCUACCCACCCGAGGGCUUCUUCUCCAACAUGACCAUCAGCCUGCCGUUCACCAUUGACUUUGACACCCUCGGACUGACAGACAACGCCAAUCCGUACGGCGUGUUUCCGCCGCUGCUGGCGCGCAGCAUGGGCAGAAUGGCCGGCGAUGCUUUCUUCUCGUACAUCUCGACGCUGCUGACCAACAGGCAGAAGAGGAACACUGCCCCGUUGAAAGAGGCACCAGCUUCAAAUGUGCGGUCGGCGUUGAUGGGCGGCGAACGCGCCCUGCUGUACAAGACGCUCGAGGAGUUCCUCGCCAACUUCGGCAUGGACGGCAAGGCGUGCGUACUCAGGGCCAUCUGCGAGGUGCACGGACACCCGCUGGAAAACUACGGACUCAUCGGCGAAUUCCUCAGACUCUUCCUCACAGCAAGCAAGUCGCCGGUGGCGUCCCUGCUAACCGAGUACGUGGAGGCGGAGAAGCGAGGACAGGGCGACGGCGGCGAGUGCUGGCGCUACCACCGCGACUGCCCAAAGUCCCUCUUCAGGUGGAAAUCAAAUUACCAAAGAUUACCUGAGGACGAGAAUAACAACGAAAUCGUCACGGACGAGGUGAACCAAGUUGUGACUUUGGAGCGCGACAGUCAAAUGAUGUAGAUUGCGUUCUGGUGACGGGCCAAACUCGAAGAAUAUUUUGCUCAAACGCAGCCAAACCACGGGAUAACACUUUGCCAGCGAGGAGAAUGCGCCGCACUGGUAUUUUUGCUGUGGUACUUCCAUUGUUGCCAAUUACCGCAGCACCAAUACCGAAUGAGACAUGGGCCGGUUGACCCGCUCUACCAUCCCAUUCUCCGGCAAUCGGAGCUGUUUUUUAUUCUGAAAACUACAAGUGCUGCUGUGAUUUAGUGUGUGUGAAUGUGCUCAACAAUCUUGAUGUACCACUUGGAAUGGUAUACUCAUCGCAAUUUUUACGCCCGCAUUUCCAUAGCGGGCUGUGCAAUAUUCCAAACAAAAACGCAUUUACUGUACUACGCUUCCUUUUGUAAAUAGUAAUUUAUUUUGUGUGUAUGUCACAAUAUUUAUUUAUUGCGAUAAUUUAUUGGAUAACUCCUGAAGAAGGUCGGCUGAGACGUCGAAAGCUGUAUUUUCCUCCUAUUCCCUCUGUCCUGUGUAUAAAAUAAAGUAAAUACGCUCAAAAUAUGGAA